AUGAGACAGCCAAAAGCAGAUCAAGAGACAGUCUGUGUGGAUGAGAAAGAUCUCCCAUACGAAAUUGUGAAAAUUCACGAUAUAUGGAUUACUGCGAAAGAUGGAGUGAAACUUCAAGGCCAUCUUUGGAUUCCAAAGAAAGCAUGGGAGGAUGAAUCUGGCAGCAUAAAACUUGGAACAAUCGUGGAGUAUAUUCCAUAUAGAACAGAUGUGACCAUCGUCAGAGACUCCAUUAGACAUCCAUAUUUUGCAGGUAACGGUUUUGCUUCUUUGCGGAUAGACAUGAGAGGAUGCUCGAGUUCGGACGGAAUACUGUAUGAUGAAUAUUUGGAGCAAGAGCAACAGGAUGCACUAGACGCUUUUGACUGGAUUACCAAGCAAAAAUGGUCCAAUGGCAACAUUGGUAUCUUUGGAAAAUCCUGGGGUGGUUUCAAUUCUUUGCAAAUUGCUGCCAAGCAGCAUCCCGCCUUGAAAGCAGCAAUUCCGUUGAUGUUCACCGAUGAUCGGUAUUCGGACGAUGUCCAUUAUAGGGGAGGAUGCAUGUUGGCUUCCGAUAUGCUCUGGUGGGGAACUACCAUGCUUUGCUAUGGUCCCAGACCUCAGGAUCCAUUAAUUGUCGGCUCUGAGUGGAAGAAAAACUGGCUCCAGAGACUAAACAUCAAGCCUAUGCUCUUCAACUGGAUCGAGCACCAGACACGAGACUCGUUCUGGAAGCAUGGUUCCGUGUGUGAGGACUACAGCAAGGUGGAUAUUCCUGUUUUGGCAUUUGGUGGUUGGCGUGACGGCUAUACAACCCCGGUUUUCCGGCUUGCUAAGAACCUUGGUGAUCACAUCUCCUCUGUGAUUGGUCCCUGGGUUCACGAGUUUCCCGAAGUGGCCACCCCGGGUCCUAAAGUCGGAUUCCAGCAGCUUGCACUCAACUGGUUCCAGAAGUACUUAUAUCCUGAAAAGAAGGAGUUUCAGGAGUUCCAGAUGCCCCGGUUGACCGCAUAUGUGCAGGAGCCAUCCAACAUUAACGACUCGUACUCCUCAAGAGACGGAAGAUGGGUUUCCAAGAAUGAGAAAGCGGCCAAGAAGUACAGAAAGUUUGUGCUAACCGACAAGCAGAGCCUGUGCGAAAAACCAGAAGAAGGCUCUGCCGAUGAAAUUGGUGUCAGCUUUAAAGGAACGCUUUCUCAUGGCAUGCAUAGAGGAAACUGGUGUCCAUUUGGAAUGGAAGGUGAUUUUCCAUCCGAUCAACGCUAUGAGGACGGAAAAUGCUGUUGCUUCGACUCAGGUGUCAUACAGCAGAGAAUGGAACUUCUAGGAGAGCCAGUUUUGCAGGCAAGUGUGUCAUCAGACAAGAAGUUAGCCCACUUGUGUGCAAGCCUAAUUGACAUAUACCCAAAUGGUGGCGAGCAUAUCCUCAUCUCAUGGGGAAACCUCAACGUUACACACAGGAAAUCUCACGAAUACCCAGAGUACCUCACUCCAGGUGAAGUUUACGACGUGAAAGUUCCACUUGAUGUGGUCGGUACAGUCAUAGAGAAGGGACAUAAGCUAAGAUUGGCCCUCUCCACGGUCAGCUGGCCUUCAGCAUGGCCUACUCCGGAAAUUCCAACACUUACUCUUCACAAAGCCACCCUUCUUCUUCCAGAAUUGGAUGCUAGUACUGUUGUCAAGACACCAGACCUCCGUACACCGUCUGUGGUGAAGAGAACCGUGAAGGUGAAGCCUAUUCUUCCGGAAAAUAGGGUCAAAACUGUUACGUAUGACGCAGCAAAAGACGAAUGGGUCUUGGUUGACGUCCAGGAUGGCGGUGAAAACCAGAUUGACCACUAUGAUGAACUUUCAGGCACCUACUACGGCGAAUAUAACAAGAACAUAUGGCGUGUUAAGCCUCUUGACCCGCUCACUGCUUACAACGAGUGUAUUUACAACUGUCAUCUUGGAAGAAAGCGCGAUAACUGGGAUAUCAAGAUGGAAACUAAAGCCGUGAUGACAUGCGAUUCAGAUAACUUUUACGUUACUGCAGAAAUCAAAGCCUGGGAUCAGAAGCUCGAGGUGUUCUCUAAGGAGUGGAAGGAAACAAUAAAGAGACAGUUUACCUAA